AUGGAAGAAAAGGAAGAUCAGAUACAGACCAAGUGCAGACUCCCGAGAAGUCAAAAGAAGAAGUUGAAGAGGCUCCAGAAACUCGAAAGGCGUAGACAACGUAGGCCUGAAAUUAGAUGGAAGAAGAAGGAAGCCUCGCGCAACGAAAGGGAAGCGCUGCUAUCUUCGAUGACUGAAGAGGAAAGGGAAGAGUACAUUAUGAACCUGAGGAAGACAAAUUACGAAAAGUCUGUUGAAAUUUCAAAGUUUCUAGAUGAAUCCCACGAGAAGGGGAUGCCGAUAUGUAUAAAUUGCAGCUUUGAAGACUCCAUGGGUCCCAAGGAGAUUAGAAGUCUAGCAAAGCAAAUAUCCCUCUGUUACAACAUUAUGAAGAAGCACAUGGUUCCGAUUAAGCUUAUAUUAACCAGCUUUUCAAAAGAGUCGAGACUCUAUAAGGACUGUGAGUUGUUCGGAGUUCACAAGUGGAAGGUUCAUUUUGAAGAAAAGGCUUUCUGGGACGUUUUUGAUCCAAAGAAUACUGUCGUUCUAUCUCCGGACGCUAGGGAGUACCUAGAGGAUGUUGAGGAAGAUAAAAUUUAUGUAAUUGGCGGAUUAGUGGACACGAAUGUUAAAAAGGUGAGUACAAGAAAAUUUUCAAUAAAUGGUGCAGUUUCAUGUUUACAACCAGGCAGAAUCUCAUGGAAUCAUUUGUAA